UAACAAACGGAUUGAAGGCGGGUGUUGUCUUUGGUGAGCAAAAGUUGAGUAAAAUCCGGGAUUUCGAUGCCAAAGCGGGGCGAUUGAGCGAUGAGCGCGUUGUCGUUGCCGCGUGUGCUGCACCCGCGCAAAACCAGCCUGGAAAUCGAGAGGGAAGUGUUCGAAAAGGCGCAGGCGCAAGCCCUGCAGAAAGCCAUCAAUGGACAAGAGUGUCCGGUGAAGCAGAAGCAUGUGCGUUCGGCCAUCAUCGGGACGUUCCAGACGCAGAGCGCCAAGAUCUUCUGGGCGUACGCCCUCCGGCUGCCGGCCAUGGACGACCGGAUUGUGGCCUGGAAGCUGUGCCAUGUUGUGCACAAGGUGCUGCGGGAGGGCCACCCGUUGUGCCUGGUGGACAGUCAGCGGCACCGCAACGAGCUGGACGAGAUCGGGAAGCUGUGGGGCCACCUGAAGGAGGGCUACGGCCGCAUGAUCCGCCUCUACACGGCGCUCCUGAUCAACAAGCUGGAGUUCCAUCGGCGCAACCCGCGCUUUCCCGGCCAUCUGGGCGUCACUCCCGAGGAGCUGGACAGCAUCGGGGGCGACGACGUCAACAACUACUUCGACAUGACGGUGGAGAUGUUCGACUAUUUGGACCACAUAUUGGGGCUGCAGGCGGCUGUGUUCGGGUCGCUGAACAUGGCGCGCUCCAACUCCAUGACCAGCGCCGGCCAGUGUCGGCUGGCCCCCUUGGUGCCCUGCAUUCAAGAUGCCUCCAAGCUCUACGACUACUGCGUGAAGAUGCUCUUCAAGAUGCACAUGACGCUGCCGCCCGAUGUUCUGGCCGGCCAUCGCGAGCGCUUCACCAAGCAGUUCCGGGCGCUGCGCAAAUUCUACGAGAGCACCAGCAAUCUGCAGUACUUCAAGGACCUGAUCGCCAUCCCACCCUUGCCAGAGAACCCGCCGAACUUCCUGAUAGUGGGCGACUUUCGCAGCUACGUGACGCAAGAGGUGGUGGUGCCGCAGGAGCCCGAAGAGGAGCCGAUCCAGGAGGAGACGCUGAUCGACACCAGCGAGGAGCAGGUGGACACGAUCCAAGUGAGCAUAGCGGCGCACCAGGAGAUCGUGCAGGAGCGCGAGUUUCUGCGUACACAGUGCGAGUCGCUGCGCGCCGAGAUCGGCGCGCUGAUGGCGCGCAACCAGCGCGACAUGGGGGCGCUGCAGCAGAAAAUCGGCCGGCUGGAGCAGCAGCUGCAGGCGCAAGCCAGCGCCCUCGAGCAGGAGAAGCAGCUGAAAGAGGACCUGAUCAAUCAGAGCUUUGCGGUGGCGCAGAGCCAGGACUCGGAGCAGAAACAGUUCCACGAGAAGUUCGACAAGCUGAAGUCGAUCUAUGUGAAGUUGCGCGAUGAGCACGUGGCGGAGAUCCGCAAAAAGGCGGAGGUGGAGAAGCGGCUGGCGGCGGCGCUGGAGAAGAUCGACCAAAUCGGCGAGCUGGAGCGCGAGAAGGACAGCCUGGAGGGCGCGGCCCUGCGCCAAAGCCAGGAGCUGGAUCUGCUGCGCAAAGACCACGCCCUAUUCAACAUGGAGACUCAGAUUCUGAAGAAGAGCGUGGCUGACGCCUGCAAGGAGAAGGAGACGGUGUGGCAGGAGCUGCAGGGCGUGGCCGAGGAAAAGGAGCAGCUGCGCCAAAAGGCCGAGGAGCUCGCCUACAAAAUCCUGCAGUUCGAGCGCCAGCUCGACCAAGAGCGCCAGGCUGCCACGCAGCAGCUGGAGGCGCUGCUGAGCCACGCCAUCUCAACCGGGGAGGCCCUGCUCAGGCACGCCAUCCACGAGGUGGACAACCCGGCCAUUACUGCGCUCACCUGCAGCCCCGACUAUCUGCGCAGCUUGACGCCAGGGUGCCGCCAGGCCCUAUCGGGCAGCUCCCGGCUGGACCUGCAGGAACACGCCAGCGUGGCCACUAGCGCCAUCUGCAUCGCCCACCGCUUGGCGGUUUUCAUCCUGCAGGGCAGAGCCACCUGCAACACGAGCCCCGACAUUGCCUUCGGCGAAAAAAUGGCCGAGUCCUGCAAGGUGCUGGGCGAGAUUGCGCUCAACAUCCUCGCCAACCUCAAGGGGCGGCAGGAUGCGGACAUUGUCGUCAACGCCGCCCUGCAGAAGCUGGAGGAAAUCGCCGCCCUGGGCGACAGCAUCAGCCUGUCGCUGCUCGGCCAGAAGCCCGGGAACCUGGACGAGAUGUUCGAGGACGAAAUGGCGAGGAUGGACAAGGCGAUAGAGGCGGCCGCCGCCAAAAUCCAGGACAUGCUGGCAAAGUCGCGCGCCGCCGACUCCGGCAUCAAGCUGGAGGUGAACGAGAAAAUCCUGGACAGCUGCACCAAACUGAUGCAGGCCAUCCGGCUGCUGGUGAAAAAGUCGCGGCUGCUGCAGGCGGAGAUCGUGGGCCAAGGCCGGGGCACCGCCAGCGCGCAGGAGUUCUACAAGCGCAACCACCAGUGGACGGACGGCUUCAUCUCAGCGGCCAAGGCGGUGGGCGUGGCCGCCCAGUUCCUGCUGACGGCAGCCGAUAAAGUGGUGGCGUCCAAUGGGAAGCUGGAGCAGCUGGUGGUGGCGGCGCAGGAAAUCGCCGCCUCCACCGCCCAACUGGUGGUGGCCAGCCGAGUGAAGGCGGACCGCAACAGCGAGAAUCUGCAGCAGCUGACGCACGCCUCCAAAGGGGUGACGAGCGCUACAGGCGAAGUGGUCGCCACCGUCAAGGACUGCGGCCAACUGAUCGAGGAGACUGAGGAGCUGGACGUCAGCAACCUGUCCCUCCACCAGGCCAAACGGCUGGAGAUGGAGGCGCAGGUGCGCGUGCUGGAGCUGGAGAAGGAGCUGGAGGAGGAGCGCUACCGAUUGGCCAAGCUGCGCCGCCACCACUACCAACUGGCCGGCGAGGGCGACAGCCAGGCCUGACCCCCGCCCUUGCUCUACUACGACAAGAAGCGCUGCUACAUCCGGCUCUAAUCCUCCCCCAAAGACGCUGCAUACUAACGCUUAGAUAGGCUAGAUAGACAGUAGUUGAUAUAUUUACACGGAUUACCACCUUAGGCUAGUUCUAAUGCAUAUUUUUUACGCGUCUGUACCUAAAAUUAAACUUAUUCAACUGA